AUGGACCAAGAAGCUGGUUCGUUCUCAAGAUUUGAUGCUGGUAUUGACAAGCAACAACAACAACUGCUACUCAAUUCAUUAUCCAAAACACAAUAUAUCGUUGAGCAAUCACAUAAAGCCAUUCAGGCGAAUUCUAAAUUGGCAAGUGCUUUGGAUGGUAUUUUAUCAAUGUAUGAUAAUGAUAUCGAAUUAAUUGAGCCGCAAACACCGAUAUGUCGUGGACUUGGUGGUACAGUCAUUUUAAAUUUCAUGCAAUUAUCAGGAAAAGUAUUAAGUUAA